AUAUGAUUGUUGAUUGACCAUAGAAGAAUCAUCAUUACCAAUUUAACACUAUUCAAGUAUUCUUAUUCUCAUUUCCUUUUUUACUGCUCACAAUUGACCCGCCUUUACUACUCUGGUAGUGGUAGUCUGGUUAGCCUGAUUUGUUAAGCUCCUAUAAUGUCUAUUACGGAGUAUAUGAGGACAUUUGGUGCGGAUGUUUUUAUUAUUAUUAUUAUCUUGAAUCUCUUUUUUGUCAUCAUCACUAUCAUGAUCAUCUCCGAAUCCUCCGGUCUUCUCUACCACUAUUUUGAAAAGAGAUUUAUUUAUCUUAACAUCAAUAAAACAUGACUUUUUUUCUCGAAAUAGAACUAAAUAGUUUAAACAUUCUCAAAAAGGAUUUUUUUAUUUGUGAUUACACCAAAAUACCCUCAAUGCUGCCCUUGGAUUGCUGCCGAGCACCUGCCACCGACCACCUACUGCCGCUGACGCCAGAGCUUGCUGUCGCUAUCGUUGUGUUGCUGCCACCACGGGCCUUCCCCCGCCACCAACGGACUGAUUUGCUUGUGCAAGAGAACUAGUGUUGGGAUAUAUUAUCCCGGCCUAUUACUGUUCAUGAGUCCAAGGCUUUACGUAGUACGAAGCCCGAGCAGCUAGGCCCAUUUCGGCCCAUCCGGCCCACUGUAGCCAUUUGGGCCCACUCCGGCCCAUGCGGCCCAUUAGGGUGGAGAGCAUCCCCUUCCCCUAUUCUCUAUAAAUAUAGGAGUUUCCCUCCAUAUUAUGGAUCCCUCUUUUUGGCUUCCUUCUUCCUCCUCCCUCUAGAAUAGCUCAAAUACUCCAUUAAUGGAGCUCAAAAUGUACUAUGUAAUGGUGAGGAGAGUCCUAAUGAGAAAGAGAGGGCUUGGACAUUAGCCUAAAAAGUCCCGUGGUUUUCUCCCUUUCGGGUUUCCACGUAAAAACUGAGUGUUCAUACAUAUAUUUACUAUAUCGUGUUGGAUUAAACUCAACACUGGCGCCGUCUGUGGGAAUCUGUCAAAAAAGAUUCAUGUGUUCUACACAAAUUUCAUACGAAAAAACUAUUGAUUUCAGCAAAAAAGAAGAAGGAUUCUGGGUUUUUGGAUCUGGGAGAAAUCCGGAUAUAAGACAGGGGUGUCCGGCAGCACCAGUGAUGGCGGUCCAACUAACCAGGUUCUCCGUCGGAAGAGACUGUUCGAGUUCGCCGCCGAGGCUACGCCGGACCUCGCUGCCACUGCUAUUGCGGACCUCGCUGCAACCAGAGCACUAGAGGCGCCCAAUCUGGCGGACCUCACGAGCCUAGCUCCUGAACCCAUCUACAGGAAAAGCAAGCGUCGAGGAGCUCCAGUCCUAGAACUUGCCAGAUCUCGGAGGGGGUGUUACCGCCGGCGUGCGACAGCUGAAGCUUCACCCCGCCAACCGGUGAACCAUGUCCUCACCUCCGUCGCAGCUCGACCUCCAGCCAGGUGCCUGUACCUCCGUCAUCUGGCCUUGGGUGGGUGAGCCGGUGUUUCAGCUGGCUUCUCGGAUGAUACGGAGUACUGAUAGUGCUCGAAGGCCUUGGUCCUCAGGAGGCCACGUGAAAGGAAGUGAAUGGUGGCUGAGGGAUAAGCUUUGGAGCAUUUUGACCAAGUCAAAUGGGGGAAUACCACCAUGCCGAGAUCCUCUUGGCUUGGACGUACGUAAACUUUGGGAUUUGAAAGUGGCUAAAUAAUUGGAGUCUUGGCUCUUGGGUAUAUCGUGGAGAGUUUUGACCGAGUCAAACAAAGGGGAAGCAAAAUAAUUUCAGAAAUUUCUAGCAGCCGAGCCCCAUCCAAAGCUAAGUUUCUAACUUCUUCACCUUUUCAUUAAAGCAUGCGUCGUAAUUAUUAAAGAAGUAGAAAUAUUGCUACUAAUUUUUAUCACUAUUAUUUAUUAGGGAUUAAAACUCCCGAAAUUAAAUAAUGAGAGCGAUGCUCUAAGUGAUAAUUGGUUUUACUGUCAUUUAAAUUUAAUGACUGGUUGUUGUGAGCCUGUGUGCCCGCUCCUGAUCGGCUUAAGUUAGCAGGCGGAGAAUACCGGAAUGGCUUUUGAUAGGAAAGUAUCAUUACUAUUACCCGUUACGUCACUAUUAUUUAUUAGGGAUAAAAAUGUCCCGAAUUAAAUAAUAUAGAGCGAAGCUCUGGUGAUGUUUGGUUCAGCCAACAUUUUAUUGAAUAUUUAAUUUCUUGUGGGCCUGUUGGCCCACCCUCGAUCAGCUUGAUUAAGUGAUCCGAGCGUCUCCAGAAAGGCGAUGCCCCGACGACGCGUUUGAAUUUGAGGGUUGCGCAUUAGUCCGCACGGCACCAAGUGCCCGAGCGACGAUCGUACCCUAGUACCAUCUGCGCCACUAGGCGAAGUGACUGUGCCAAACGCGGCCUGUGGGGCCCGAGGGCACCAAAGUGCUCAACCUCAUUUUUUCGAGGGUAGUGCGACCAGCUUGGGUCUGAGUUUGAAAACUCACGGACCGGUGAAUAUUUCUAUGUGACGCUCGGCGGGCUGCUAAUUGGCCCCGCCGCGAGCUGCUACGUCCAUUAACCCCGCACGAUGAGCCGGGCAGAGGGUCACGAUGACCCAUAGGCCGGUAAUCGUGGGUGUUAGAGGGAAGCCGCGAUGACCCAUGCAGAUGGUUAUGUGUGCAUAUUUAUUGUCGGGCCGUGCGGCCCGUUACCAUGCUUAUUGCGCAGCCGAAGCCGCUCGACGCGCUUGAGCGAAAUGAUUAGAAGACGCUCGGCCCGAGUCUUGAAGACGUGCAGGGCCGGCUAAAGAGGAGACCAUCACGGCUGAGGACCGUGAGACGAGCAUCUCCACCUAGAGGCCGAGGGCCUAGAGGAGACCACCACGGUUGAGAACCGUGGGACGGGCAUCCCCACCCCAGAGACCGAUGGCCUAGGGAGAACACCUAGAGGCCGAGGAUCUAGAGGCGAAUGCCAUGACAGAGAACCGUGAGACGAUCACCCGUCAUUCAGAGGCCGAGGGCCUAGAAGAGAUCGUCACGGUCGAGGGCCGUCUGACGCCAUCAUUACAUCAUGACUGGCCCCUCGGCACGACAUGAUCAUCAUAUUUGAAGACUGGCCUCGUCCCCGCGCUGCGCGGAUGAGGACCGUUGCUUGGAUUUCAGAUCGGCCUCUCAUUGCCGACAUCAUUACAUCAUGACCGGCCUCUCGGCACGGCAUGAUUAUCUUAUUUGAAGACCGGCCUCGUCCCCGCGCUGCGUGGAGGAGGACCGUUGCCGGAUCUCAGAUCGGCCUCUCAUUGCCGACAUCAUUAUAUCACGACCGGCCCCCCGGCUCGGCGUGUUUUCCAUACUUGAAGAUCAGCCUCGUCCCCGCUCCUCGCGGAUGAGUACCGCUGAUUAUCUCUCUUUGGAUCGGCCCCAGCGCCGACGUCAUACACAGCCACCGACCUCCUGGUACGGUGCCACCAUCAUAUUUGAAGACCGGCCUUGUCCCCGCACUGCGCGGACGAGGACCGUUGCUUGAUUUCAGGUCGGCCUCUCAUUGCCGACACCAUUAUAUCACGUUCGGCCUCUCGGCCCGACAUACUUAUCUUUUGAAGACCGGCCUCACCACUGCUCCUCGCGGAUGAGGACCGUUGCUUGGUUCUUUAUGAUCGGCCCCCAGGCCGACACUCUUACAUGGCCACCGGCCCCCUGGUACGGCGCCAUUAUCAUAUUUGAAGACCGGCCUCGUCCCCGCUCUUCGCGGAUGAGGACCGUUGCUUGAUUCUUUCAUAUCGGCCUCUCAUUGCCGACAUCAUUAUACCACGACCGGCCUCUCGGCUCGGCGUGCUUAUCUUUUGAAGACCGGCCUCAUCCCCGCCACCUCGCGGACGAGGACCGUUGUUUGAUUCUUUCAGGUCGGCCUCUCACUGCCGACGCUAUCAUGUUAUGUUCGGCCUCUCGGCACGACAUAUUUAUCUUUUGAAGACCGGUUUCAUCCCCGCGCUGCGUUGGAUGAGAGCCGUUGCUCGGAUAAAUCGGCCUGACCGGACACUAUUGUCAUCUCCAUUAUCAGGACCGACUGCUCAGCGACAUUAUGAUCAUUGUAUAUCGGCUCCCAAUGCCGACCUUCUUGAGUUAGCGAUCGGGCUCACCCCUCCCUUCAUGAGGGUGACCAUCGCCUUCGCAUGACAUUAUGUGUGACAUCACUUGUGGUUAUUCUUGGAACCGACGAACGUAUUUUCCUCCCUCAAAAAAAAAAAAAAAAAAAACAAAAGAGAAGAAAAGAAAAGAAAAGAAAAAAAAAAAAGAUGGGGAGAAGGGGAGACGAGAUCCUAUGAGAGAGGGAGUCUUGACGAGGUAUGCCUGAUCUUCCUUCGCCGCGUAUGACGAACGUCUCCCGACGCGGAGGCUAGUAGGAACGUGGGGGGGGGCUAGACGUACCAAAGGGAACCUCGGCAAGAUAAACCAGUUCCUCCCAUGACCCGUGGUUCGAUGAACACCUUCUGCUAAAGCAGAAGGCUAGUAGGGCCACGAGCAUGGGACGACGAAGCAGGGAAUCCCGACGUGGAUAAACCAGUGACCUCCUUGCGAUCGUUGGAUGACCGAACGUCUUCUUCGAAGUAAGAAGAUUAGUAGGACCACGACAGGGACGAACGAAGAAUAGGGAAUCCCGACGUGGAUAAACCUGUUCCUCCUUGCGAUCGUGGGAUGACCAAACGUCUUCUUCGAAGUAAGAAGAUUAGUAGGACCACGACAGGGACGAACGAAGAAUAGGGAAUCCCGACGUGGAUAAACCUGUUUCUUCUCAUAGUUGGGAUGACGAACGUCUCCUGCGAAACCAGGAGACCAGUACUCACGAGACUUGGGAAGAACGAAGAACCAGUUCUUUACCGGAGUCUGUUGCGUGCCGAGUGUACACCGCUUAGCGGUCCAUACAUAGGACCACGGAUACGGUAGACGAACGAAGACCAGCUCCAUGGAUCCGACAUGAAGAACCAGUUCUUUACCGGAGUCUGUUGCGUGCCGAGUGUAAACCGCUUGGCGGUCAAUACAUAGGACCACGGAUACGGUAGACGAACGAAGACCAGCUCCAUGGAUCCGACAUGAAGAACCAGUUCUUUAUCGGAGUCUGUUGCGUGCCGAGUGUACACCGCAUAGCGGUCCGUACAUAGGACCACGGAUACGGUAGACGAACGACGAUCAGCUCCCCAGAUCAGGUAGGAGGGACAUCGCCCAGAUUUAUUUCAGGCUCACCAUUCUUUCCCGGAUGGAGUCCUGGCAGACGAUCGGCUUCUCACAGCCAAUCAGGAGAGAGACUUGACACAUCACCAGCACGGCCGAGGGCCGCGAGACGAUUAUCACUCACCGACAGGGCGAUGGCCAUGAGAUGAUCAUCACUAUUUUUCUGUACCACGAUCGGCCCCUCAGCGCCAUCGUGUCCAGGUUCACGGUUCGGCUCGCCCAUUCCCUUCCAGGAUGGCGACGACCGUCUUAUGCAGUACGAUCGGCCCCUCAGCGCCAUCGUACCCAGCUCACGUUCAGCUCGUCCAUCCCUUCCAGGGUGGCGACGAACGUCUUAUGCACCACGAUCGGCCCCUCAGCGCCAUCGUGUCCAGGUUCACGGUUCGGCUCGCCCAUUCCCUCCAGGAUGGCGACGACCGUCUUAUGCAGUAUGAUCGGCCCCCUCAGCGCCAUCAUACCCAGUUCACGGUUCGGCUCGCCCAUUCCCUCCAGGAUGGCGACGACCGUCUUAUGCAUCACGAUCGGCCCCUCAGCGCCAUCGUGUCCAGAUUCACGGUUCAGCUCGUCCAUCCCCCCAGGAUGGCGACGAACGUCUUAUGCACCACGAUCGGCCCCUCAGCGCCAUCGUGUCCAGAUUCACGGUUCAGCUCGUCCAUCCCCCCAGGAUGGCGACGAACGUCUUAUGCACCACGAUCGGCCCCUCAGCGCCAUCGUGUCCAGGUUCACGGUUCGGCUCGCCCAUUCCCCUCCAGGAUGGCGACGACCGUCUUAUGCAGUACGACCGGCCCCUCAGCGCCAUCGUACCCAGCUCACGUCCAGCCCGUCCGUCCCUUCCAGGGUGGCGACGAACGUCUUAUGCAGCACGAUCGGCCCCUCAGCGCCAUCGUGUCUCUUUCACGUUCGGAUCGCGCAUCUCUUCCAGGAUGGCGACGAACGUCUUAUGCAGUGCGAUCGGCCCCUCAGCGCCAUCGUACCUGGCUUCACGGUUCGGCUCGCACAUUCCCUCCGGGAUGGCGACGACCGUCUUAUGCAGCACGAUCGGCCCCUCAGCGCCAUCGUGUCUCUUUCACGUUCGGAUCGCGCAUCUCUUCCAGGAUGGCGACGAACGUCUUAUGCAGUGCGAUCGGCCCCUCAGCGCCAUCGUACCUGGCUUCACGGUUCGGCUCGCACAUUCCCUUCAGGAUGGCGACGACCGUCUUAUGCAGCACGAUCGGCCCCUCAGCGCCAUCGUGUCUCUUUCACGUUCGGAUCAUGCAUCCCCUCCAGGAUGGCGACGAACGUCUCAUAUGCAGCACGAUCAGCGCCCCAGCGCCAUCGUGUCUGGCUCGUGUUCGGCUCGCCCAUCCCUUCCAGGAUGGCGACGAACAUCUCUUAUACAGCUCGAUUGGCCCCUCGGCGGCAUCAUGCCUAGUUCACCUCCGGCUCCGCCCAUGCCAUCUCGGAUGGGGGACCCGUCGUAUGCAGCAUGAUUGGCCCCUCGGCGGCAUCAUGUCUAGUCCACCUUCGGCUCCGCCCAUGCCAUCUCGGAUGGGGGACCCGUCUUACGCAGCGCGUCUGCUUCUCGGCGCUGACAUGCCCGGGUUAUCGAUGAGAGCUACUGCUUCUAUCACAUCUUGCAUUCCCUCUCUCAUACAUUACAUACAUACAUUACAUGCAUACAUACAUUCAUGCAUCAUACCUCAUACAUUCAUACAUACACACGUGCAUCAUGUUUUGACAGUACCGCGACGUCGGUUUAUAGAUGAUGGACCUCUAAGCUUCUCCGAUUGGAAAGCUCGAGUCAGAGUUCUUUACUCCCGCCUGAUGCAUUCAGGGGGAGUGUGCCCGUGGAGGAGCACCCUUCGCCCGACCCUGUCGGGAAGGGGGGUGCCUCACUGGUAGAUUACGUUCAGGAGUGCAGACACUCACUCAUAUAUGAUGAUUAUGUGAAGACACAAUUUCCAGCAAGACAGAGGAAGAGCGCAGGCAGAGUAUAUUUUCUCGAGCAGAUUCGCGGGCUCACUACUCAAGAAACUGGGGGACUUGUGUUGGGAUAUAUUAUCCCGGCCUAUUACUGUUCAUGAGUCCAAGGCUUUACGUAGUACGGAGCCCGAGCAGCUAGGCCCAUUUCGGCCCAUCCGGCCCACUGUAGCCAUUUGGGCCCACUCCGGCCCAUGCGGCCCAUUAGGGUGGAGAGCAUCCCCUUCCCCUAUUCUCUAUAAAUAUAGGAGUUUCCCUCCAUAUUAUGGAUCCCUCUUUUUGGCUUCCUUCUUCCUCCUCCCUCUAGAAUAGCUCAAAUACUCCAUUAAUGGAGCUCAAAAUGUACUAUGUAAUGGUGAGGAGAGUCCUAAUGAGAAAGAGAGGGCUUGGACAUUAGCCUAAAAAGUCCCGUGGUUUUCUCCCUUUCGGGUUUCCACGUAAAAACUGAGUGUUCAUACAUAUAUUUACUAUAUCGUGUUGGAUUAAAC